CUCUGCGGCCCAUGAAGGCUUUGAUGGGCUGCUUAUCGGGCUAUAAACCUGCACGCUUCUUUGCGUAGCAUCUGUACUCACCUCACAGCCGCGAAACCCUCGUGAACUGCGUACAAGAAUACCGCCAGCCCUGACAGCAGAAGACCGGAUCUGCUAGUCAGUGCUGCGUUGAACAGGGGCUCAGCUAUCCUUUCAAUGCCUCAGCAUGUCGUCAAGCAGUCCGGAACGCAGCGCCAAGCGCCAAAAGGCAAAUGUCGCUUCCGACUCUUCUCAUACCUCUUCCGAGACUGAUCAAGCUGCCGUAGGCCCCUCCAUCAGCGCUCUACAGACCAUGCUCCACGAGCACCAAGAAGACUUUCGCGGGAGGAUGCUGAAAAAGCUUCACGAUCUAGGCUUUCCUUCGCCCAAAAUCUUUCUCGUACCUGCCAUCUUGGAAGGUCAGCCAAUCAACAGGCGAUACGGCAUCCCUCGCAACCAGAGACCAAACGUGGCACUCCAUGCUGCUGUAGCCGAAGAGCAUGAGUACUUCCACGACAUGCUACACUCUGGGUUUUCUGAGACCGAGGCACUUCGGGCCAACCAAACCAUGUAUGUUGAGCUGGACACAGAUUUCAGCGGGGUAGAAGCACUGGGACAGUACUUCUUCACCAAAGACACCCAAGCUUUAGUGAGUCAAGCUGCUUCCCGAAGAGCUCUUCCACUUCUUUACAACGUCGCUCGCCAGAUUUUGGACAACGGACUCGCGCAAGCUGCACUUUCGGCGUAUGCGAGAGUGGUGGACGAGGAAGGUGACACACUUCAAAAGUUGGCGGACCCUUCUAUUGUCAGACACGGCGAGCUUGCCUACGUGACAGCAAGAGCGACGUUCAUGGAUCGACGCUCCAGAACCAGCGGCGGCGAGCUAGCCAAAAUUGUUGGCCGUCUCGAGAGGGAGCAAGACGCCAUGCUAGUGGCGUCCGAAGUUAGCACUGCAUUGGAAAAGGGCUGCUCAAGCCUCGAGAAUGGAACAUUGGGUCAGAGCGAAGCCAUUCGUGCUUUGUUGACCGCAAGCAUAUGGUUCAUAGUGAAAACGUUGCCUCCGCCUGAGGACCUGUGUUCUGUGGUCAAAGGCCAUCCGCACAGGUGGAACUACUACUCAGGAGCGCAAACAUGCAGGUUCUGCAAAGUCUCUCAGAUUGCGCCAUCAACGCUCUUGCGCAACGAAGCAGUAGAUCAGGUCCUCAAGGAUAUCCUCAAGCCGCUUGACGAACUUCUGCCGAAGUUUGGCUGAGGAUUGCUCAAAGCUUUUAGUCACUUUCUUCCACUGUUUUCAAACACGCAACGGCCAGGAAAUGGAAGGCAUCCAGACGGUAACCACGAGCAGCCUUCACACUCCCAGAAGAGCUCGAACGGCAAGAGCAAGUCGCCGCAAAAGUGUCAGCAACGAGAGCCCAGAAUCUUACAUUUGGAGUCUGUACAUGUGAU